UCAUACAGUACACUAGACGAAAUCCGCUGAUAUUGCUCGUUCUUAUCUCGAGGAUCAAAUUUUUGUUUUUUUUCACCUUCGCAAUAAACUCACAGAACGCUCCCCAAUUGGCUUUAGUGUUAAUUCGCUCCUGGUUUCGACAGUUUGGCCAUUCAAAAAGCGCAAAUUGACACACAACUGUACGCCAAGAUCAAGACAGACAUUCCAUAAGCACCUUCGUAAAGUAAUUGCGAACACACAAAACUAGGAUUUUGACCACUUGUCGCGCUCCAGGGUAUUAUGCACAUAAGACAUGAAAUACGACACUUUUGUUUUGUUACUUUACUGUUAAUCAACGCGCUAUGUUCCUCAACUACAGGUAGUCCAGUAAGAAAUCUUGAGUGGAAGAACGACCAAUGGCAAGAGUUCCUGCUGCUCGAAGGGGAUUCAAACCCCCUGUUGAAGCCGCAGAACCGGACUCACCUUUUACCACCGUCGGCGAACGACAUUGAAGCGUUGACGUCGAAAGAAUUUUUAAAACUACAUGUGAACUACACGGAGGUACUUGAAGAUACAGAAGAUGCUUCUGCUCGAAGGAUCCCGAGCCUUGUCGACAAGGCGUUCAAAUUUUUUAACACUAAACAAGUAAUGACUGAGCUUGAAACGAGCGUCAUGUCAAAAGUUUCCUGCACGGCUUGCAAAGCAGGUGUAGGUCUAUUGCAGCACUACAUAAGAAAUGGUAAAACGAAUGAGGAUAUUAAACAAGUGACGGUUAAUUUCUGUGUCAGUUUGAAAAUACAAACGACUCGAGUCUGCGAGGGGAUCACUGAUCUUUUUGUUGAUCAGGUUGUGUAUGUUUUGAAGCGAAUUCAGCAAGGACCUGAUGAAGUUUGUAGCCUGAUCAUUGGCGAUGCUUGUGGCAAUGUAUUCAACCCGACUCAUGACUGGGAUGUGAUUUUCCCCCCGGUUCCCAAGCCAACCCCUGUACCAAUGCCGGUCCCCAAGGAUGGCGCUCCAUCUUUUAAAGUUUUACACUUGUCAGAUACACAUUACGAUCCUUACUAUCAUGAAGGCUCUAAUGCUGAGUGCAAUGAGCCGCUUUGCUGCAGGCUCACAAAUGGGCCCGCACCCAAUAAAAAAGCCGCCGCUGGCAGAUGGGGAGAUUACAGAAAAUGCGACACGCCAAAGAGGACAGUGGACAACAUGCUAGAGCACAUUGCGCAUACACAUCCAGAUAUAGAUUACAUUUUAUGGACAGGAGAUCUCCCUCCUCAUGAUGUAUGGAAUCAAACGAGGGAAGAGAAUUUAAUGGUGAUCAAAGAAUCUACCGCACAGAUGAUAAAUCAUUUCCCAGGAAUACCCAUUUUCCCUGCUCUUGGUAAUCAUGAAUCCGCUCCUGUCAACAGCUUUCCAUCAGUAUCAGUACCUCAGGAAUUUGCAAUAAACUGGCUUUAUGACGAAAUGGACAAGGAGUGGCGCAAGUGGUUACCUGAUAACGUCUCCAGGACUGUCAGAAGAGGCGCUUUUUAUUCAGUAUUAGUUAGACCCGGCUUUAGGAUAAUUUCUUUGAACAUGAACUAUUGCAAUAACAAAAAUUGGUGGCUCGCUUUGAACAGUACUGACCCUGUUAAAGAAUUACAGUGGUUUAUUUACGAACUUCAGAGUGCGGAAUUUAACAAAGAAAAAGUUCACGUUAUCGGUCACAUUCCUCCGGGACAUAGUGACUGUUUGAAAGUAUGGUCCAAAAAUUAUUAUUCAAUUAUCAACAGAUAUGAAAAUACAAUAACGGCUCAAUUUUUUGGUCAUACACAUUAUGACGAAUUUGAGGUCUUUUACGAUAAGGAAGAUAUGAGCAGGGCAGUCAACAUUGCAUAUAUAGGACCAUCUGUAACACCGUACUAUGACCUAAACCCUGGCUACAGGAUAUAUUACAUCGAUGGCGAUCAUGAUAAAACUACUAGGGCUGUGGUCGAUCAUGAAACAUGGGUCAUGAACCUUGAAGAGGCUAAUCUUUACAACUACCCUAGAUGGUAUCGAGAAUACACGACCAGGAAAGCUUUCCACAUGCCGUCGUUAGUACCUCAGGAGUGGGAUAACUUACUGAACAGAAUGGUCGACAACGAAACGACAUUCAAUUUGUAUUAUAAGUACUAUUGGAAAAAUUCACCCGUCAAGCCGACCUGCGAUUAUGAAUGCAGGAAGAGGAUGUUGUGCGAUCUCAGAUCGGGAAGGUCGCACGACCGAAAGAUAUUGUGUCAGGAUGUCGAGUCGAGAAUCGUCAACUCUAAUGGAACCGGAUGGAGAGCAUGGCUUUACAACUCAUUCGCAUUAUCACGUGGCUUGGUUCAUUUUACAAUCAAAGCAUGGGACACUGCGGUUUGUGGCGUUAUUACUUGGUGGAGGAGCGGUGAGGUUUCCGGUUGUCUGUCAUAAUGGCGAUACCAUCUUACACUUCCCAAAUACCAAAAUUUGUGAUGGGGUUUGGAUAGAAUCUUGCUGAUAAGUGAUACAGACGUUUGAAUUACGUUUCUUAAGCGACUGUUCAACCUUUAGAAUGUGUGUACUUGAUUUGAUAUUCUGUGAUCUUAAUUUAGACUCUCAAUUCGCCUUUGAAAUGAACUGAACAUUCUUUUUAUUAAUUUGUACUUCAUAUUAUUCAAAGUUUAUAAUUUCAUUUCUUUUUUUUAAUGCGUGGCCAUUUAAAUUAGUCACUGAUUGUACAUA